GAGACCUAAACCCUUCCCCUCCUUUUCUCUCCCUCUUCGCGCCCUCGCCAUCUCACCACCGCCCUCGCCACCUCUCGCCACCUCUCGCCACGUCUCACCACCGCACAGCUACCAAGAGGCCGAAACACCGCUCCAACCUCUACGCAGCCAGCCUCCUCGCGACUGGAACCGGUCCGCCGAAACACCACCCAGCCUCCACGCGACUAGAACGGGUCGCGGCGUCACUGCUUCUUCCCACCGUGUCGCACAGUCCCCUUGCGUCUCUCUUCUCCUACAUUUUUCUAUGGAACCAAGGGCUACCAAAGAAAGCAAUAUGGAGAGAACACCGGCUGCUUCAGCUAUGCAAUGGAGUAUAGAGCUUGAAAAGGGCCUCCGUUCUAAACAACCUGGUAAGUCUUCUGAAGCCGUACUUCAGAUUGGACCAAGACUUGAAUGGUGGAACAGAGAACCUAACCUUGCAGUAGCUGAAUACAAAAUGUUUGGCUUAAUACCGGGAGAGGAUAAGCUAUUUGCUGAUACAAUCCUUCUUAGGCUUGCUGAAGCAUUCAAGUCAGGAGACAAACUCACAAGGAUGUGCAUUGUAAAGAUAUUCAUGUCAGAGCUUAGGCAGCGCAGGAGAUGGGGUUGCCAGGAUAGAAAAGAUAACCGUGGCAUUAUAUCAAAGGAUAAAUUAGACAGCUAUGUGGAGCUUCUAACAAGAGUGAAGUCAGUAUUCGACGCCGGGGAUGCAGAGGAAAGAGCUUUGGCUUUGGUUCUAUUUGGUUGCUGGGCAGGUUUUGCAAAAGAAAAUGCAGAUAUACAAUACAUUAUUCUUUCAAGCUUGGUCUCGAAUAACAUUCUGGAGGUGAAGGCAUCUUUGUUUGCUGCUGGAUGCUUCUGUGAGCUAGCAGAUGACUUUGCCCCUGUACUUUUGGAGAUGUUUGAAAAUUUGAUGUCACCUGAAACAUCAAAGACUCUAAGGUUAGCUGCAGGCCGAGCUUUUGCGAAAAUGUGGUUCCCAAUAUUACUUGCAGACAGAGCUUACAAGAUAGGUUUAAAGCUGAUGUUAGAAUCUCCCGAAGAAGAAUUUUCCAAAGUUAUGCUGAUUUCACUUUCAAAAAUUUCUUCAAAAUGGACAUCACUCAUUCCUGUACAGGUAGAUUUACUUAUCUCAUUUAUUUCUAAGGAGAGAGCUUCAUGCCUGCAAGCUACAGCAUUAAAAUGCCUCAACUUUAUUUUAAGUCGAGGAGUAUUUCCUUUCCCUGAGAGUGCAGACACAAUCCAAAAGUUUCUCAAUGUUCUGAACGAAUCCAAGUUUUCUCCAGAUUUGCAGUGUGUAGCACUUAAAAUCUUGUACAAGGUUUUAUUGUAUAAUUUACACAAAACUCCUCAUGUGGAGGUCCUCAACAUUUUCUCCAGAUUCAUAGCAAUUGUACAGUUCAUAUCAGAAUCUCCAAUUAUCCCAGAGAGGGUCUUAGCUAUUCGUGUUUUGGCAGAUAUUUCUGACAAACUUGUGGGAAGAGCCGAAGAUGCAUCAGUUCGAAUUGGCUCCACUGUGGCAACUCAAGUAAUCUCAUUUGCAAUGGAUCGCUCCACUUACUUGGUUAUGUCAAAUAAGGAUAUUCAUCAGCAUAACAGUAUGCUGGAGCAGGAGAUCAAAUGCUUAUUCGGUCUCUUACUUAAUUUGUUUGAAAAGAAUCAAGAACUUGGUGCCCUAAUACUGGAUAAAAUCUGCAUAUUUAUUAGAGAUCUAGUGAAUAUGUUGAAUGGAAUUACAACCAAGCCAAUUGUGUGUAAAAAUAUUGAUAAUUUCAUAGAGCCUGACCAAGAGAAUUUCAUGGAAAUACAAGCAGGCCAAUCAGUCAUAGUGGAAAGCAUGAUCUGUGCACCAAAGGUCAUUCUUAAUUGUUUUCAAAACCAAGGAAAUUUGAAUUCAGUUUCUCCUCAGGUCUUUGACACUGUGAAGCUUCUGGUAAAGCAUGUAUGCGGUUGCAGAUCGUUUCAUAUUUAUAUACGUGUGAUCUAUAAUAUACUAUUGCAUUCAUGCAUGGAAUACAGAUGCAUGUGGCAUGAGUUGGGGAAAAUUAUGAAUUCUACCAGAGACUUUAGCUUAUGCUAUGGUUCUGUGUCUUGGGACCGCUCUUUUGAGUAUGAAACUUCUGCUAUUGAAUAUGUGAAUAUUAUUUUGGGAAGAAACGAAAAUUGGUUAUCUUACAAGAUUGGAAAAUAUGCAACAUGUCAGGGAGCAUGGCUUACUGCAAAUUUAAUAUUUGAACAACUUAGGACAAUUGUCCAAUCUGAAGUCUGUUGUUCUUGGUUGGAAUCCUUGGCUCAGUUUUCACGAAUGGAAAGGCAAUUUCAAUUGUUUAACUUUGAUCUUUCUGAAGUCACUACCGGAAAAAGUUCCAUUGGCUGCUACAUUGAAACUACUCUUGGUGCUUGCAAUGACCUUCGUUCUUCAGUGUGUAGACUUGAUGCCUCUACUUCUGGCCUUGCCUUCUGUUUCCAGAGAUGGUUUCUGACUUUGAGAGUAAAAGUCAUAGAAGCUAUACUGGAUUCAAUUAAACUCGUGAUAGCAUAUUCUUCUGUACAGGGUGGCGCUAGAAACAAUGAGUGCCUAGAAACAUCUUUACUGCAUUCUCUUGGCCAAGUUUCAUACAGAAUGAAGAGCUUAGUGCAAGAAUUUGACCUUUUUGCAUCAUCUUUUAUAGGCAUAGACGGGAAAAGUAGGAUUAUGAUCUCAACGCUUGCUCUAAGUUGCUCGCUUUUGGCCUUCACCACUGGCUUUACUUUUCUCUUUGCAAACCUACAUGCUUCAGAAGAUAUCAGUGGCCAAGUGGUUAAACCUUUGGAUGGGCAACUUUAUGCUAUGUUAUCACAUGAUUUGUUUGGGCGGUUAUGGCACAUAGACAAUGAAACCAGCAAAAAGCUGUGGUUGCUUUCAAAAUUCUUGCAAACAUCAGGGAACACACUUUUGCCACAGUUCAGAAAUCAAAUCUCAAACUCUGGUUGCGAAGCAAUUGCUGUCGCAAAGCUUUGUAGAUAUGCUGUUACGAUUAUUCAUAACCUGCAAAAUGAAGUGACUGGAUCACAUGAUCAUAACAUCAAAUCCAGGAUUCUCAGUGACACUUCCAAGCUGCUUUUCAAUGUACUUUCAUUAUGGAUACGCAUUCCUUUCCGGGCUCCCAAGCACUUCUUUCAACUAAGGCCCUGUGUUGGCUCGGAGCUUUUCUUGAUGGGAGAAGAUGGAGAAAAAUUAGAUAGUUUAUUUGUCAUGUCUGGCUUCCUUCUCCGCGUAAAUUUGUGCCUUCAACUCAAAAAUCUGUCAUCAAGCCUACCCGUUCGAUUUUCUAAGUUUUACUGUGUUCUUCAUACAAGACCAUCAUAUCGAAUAUCCAACCGCAAUAGGGAGGAUAAGCAACGAAAAGCUUUAAGCUCUCAAGAAGAAGUUGAUAACAUAAUAUAUCUGAACCGAAAGCUAUUGGAACAUACCAGCGGGUCUUCUGAUUGUAGCAGUAUGCACAGUAUUGAUAAAACUACAGGCGUUUUAGCUGCAGACAGCUUCGUCUGCUUUGAGCCAAAUGAGAAAGCGCAAGGCUUCUCAACGUGCUUGCUCGAUGUUUCUGGCUUCCCCGUUGGUUGUUAUGAAAUCAAAUGGCAUAGCUGUGGUGUCGAUAAUGAAGGUUCGUAUUGGAGCUUCAUCCCGCUGAAUGUUGGUGCGGUGUUCACUGUAAAGGAAGGAAGUUUGUAAUGCUACUAGAUGAGGUAAUUCUAUGGAACUCCCUCGCUACAGUGCUUCGUACAAUUUUGAUUUUCAAAUCCAUGAAGCAACUCUGUCAUUAGUACUUUUGUUUUGUGCAUACAUAUUCAAGAAUUUUAACUCUUUAUCAGUUGACAUUUUAGUUCUGCA